AUGGGUAAGUUACGCACCACCAUCCGCGUCAGCCCACACGGUAUGCAUGUUACUACCAACGACGAGCACGACUUCAGCCCUUACUCGGCUCCUAAAGAAGUACGGUUCAAUGACAACUAUUCUACAGCUAACCAGCUGGAGAAAGACCAACAGGAGAUCACGGCUAUGUACGUGAUCAACCAUAUACGUCAACUAUUCCUACUUCAAGACUCUGGUACCGAGCCAUCUGAAGCGGAUCUACACAAGGCCCUCUUCCCUACGACGAGGACUUACCCAGACGACUUGUUUGUGGGCCAGGCCGACUGUAGCCAAUCGGGAAAAGAUCCUAUGACGAACGACUACUAUGUUCACUAUACUUCUGCUGCAUCGACGAGAACAUCCCCCAACGUGGAUUUGGCUACCCCCCACCAUGACGAGAACCACGACAACGACGAUGUGGUAGACAACAACUUCGACGACAAUCUACCUCCUUGGGAUGUCCUCUUACGUCAUUGGAUGUGGGAUGCCAAGACACCCCUAGGUAGAGUAUGUGUACGGUUACCCUGGUUGGGAGAAGAACGUCCACCUAACAACUUCAAUAACGCUGCACAUCGUGGUACUGCUUCUACGAGACGACUCUCUCCAGAACAACGUGAUGCUUUUGAGGCAGCACUACAAGUAUAUACUACUCGAGGAUUCUGCACAAUCGUCAAGAACAACUAUGUCGACGGUACUCUCGAGCCCCCAACCUUUGACGAAUGUCAGACGGCAUGGGAUGUUAUGACACGUGAUACGGCUUUGGAGGGCACUGUCGUUAUUAAGCCCUACCAUUAUACGCCAUCACACAUGGUCUUUAGAGACAGUCAUCCUACGACGCCUUGUCGUAUCGUUCUAGACUUCCGUACGUUGAACAAGUUCACUAAACGUGGCGGUAAGACCCAGAACGACCUACAAGGAGUACUACUACAGCUGAGGAGCUUUCCCUACUUCAUCUCUGCCGACGUCUCCAAGGCAUUCUGCCAGAUGAAGGCUUCAUUAUACGACGUUGGCUAUUCCAGUUAUACGUGUAUUGGGAACUAUACUGUCCUAUGGUCGAGUAUCGCCUUUGGCAGUAAUAAUGCCCCCUGUAUGCUAGAGGCAAGUAGCCACGACGUGGUACUGGAAAUGGAACGACUUCUAACGUCUUCUCUGUCUGUACAACGUGAGGUACACAAGGCCGAAGUUACCGGUUCACCACCACGACUACUCUCUAACGUGCAGAUCGAGCAGGCACUAUUAAUGCCCUCUGCGACUGGCGUAGAGUAUAUAUUACGAGGUCCUUCUAUACCUACUAGAAUGUUACUACUCAAAUACGUUGAUGACCUCUAUUACGGUGGGAGAACUAGAGAGGAAGCACGACUUGGUUACGAGUUCGGCUCUCACGUCUUCACUGGACAUGGCUUCGGUAAUGACCCCGUUAUGUCCUUCUGCAACUGGUUGACUGCGGACGGUAACGACGGUGCCAAGAAGUCCGUCCUUGGAUACCUGCUCAAGUUAGACGUCGACAAACUCCACGCGGUUUACUCCGGCUACGUGCCAGAUGGUGAAGUCACUAAGUUACAGGCUUGUGCAGCCUUGGCUUCUCUCUACGACCCUCUUGGCCUCUACGUUGAGCUAGACAUACAAGGACGACUACUUUGGCGAGAAGUCUGUCAGGCUCAUAAAAACUGGGACGACAAGCUCAACGAUGAUUUGGUCCAUCGGAUCAAAGUAUGGGCAACGCCGUGCACAGAAAUAACUACGUCAAUAGGCUUCGAGAGGUUCAUUGACUUGGAGAAUUACCCCUUACUGGUCUCAUCAGAUGCAUCUGGUGAGUGUUGGGGUGUGGACGUGAGGUGUACCACUGGUGAAGAUACUACUACUAGGGUCAUGACUCGUGGAGGAGUCUUCCCGAGCUCACAGACUAAGUGGACUAUUCCACGUAAGGAGCUGGUCGCUGUACACCACGCCCUCACUUGGAUACGUUCUACAUCAACCUACUUACCCAUCAAGACUUGUCUACGUCCUCACCAGUCACCUCUAGAACCCUUGGUACCUAAUCUACCAGCUCGACAAGUCGUUCUCCUAUGUGACAGUGAGAUCACGGUAUAUCGGUUACGACGUCCCAGUAGGGACGAGAAGCUACCUGUCGUUGAACGACGAAGACUGAAGGAGAUUAGAGAGAUGUGCCGACAGUUAGACGUUAUCAUCAAGCACAUACCCUCUGAGUUGAACUAUGCCGACUCGAUAUCACGAGCUAAGAUCAACGACAAAGUCAUUGACGGUACCCACGUCUGCAAGGCGAUGUCUAUCAGCGAAGUGGUUUUUGACCAUAGGAAGAUUACGGAUGACGAGAUGGCUGAGAACAUAGUCGAGACCAACGAUGAAGAACCGUGCUCACAAUAUACCACUUCUCCCGUGGCUAACGCCACGGAAUCAACAACUGCAACCACCAACGGCAGGGACGCCCAAUGUAUCCCUACUCCCGUGGCUAACGCCACGAAUACGUCAACAACAACCACUAGUGCUAAACUAGUAGAGGAAGUUACUACUUCUCCCGUGGCUAACGCCACAACCAACUCUUCAACUGUCGGUGCUCUGGUGAUGACUCUCAACUGUGACGGUAUUGACCUACCCAACUACGGUUCCCUUACCACUGAACAACAAGAAGAACUACGUGAACUCGCACGUUAUGCCAAGCCCGUGGAAGAGAUCGACCCAGAGCUACUACAAGAUGGUAACUACGAAGACCGUAUCAGUGCUUGCGUAAUACGUGCGCAAGGGUUGGACGACGACUUGAAGGACUUCAAGAAUCUUCUCCUUGAGAAGGUCACCUACAAGGAGCUCGGCAUGAAGGGUGGUAAACUAAGAAGGUUGGCUCGUAUGGUUGGUCUCUCGUUGAAGGACUCCUGCCUCUAUAAGGGUACGUUUCUGUCUACGUUGUCCGAUCACGCUAAGUCCAACAACUGUACUAACGUGGUUCACGACUUGCACCAGAACCUAGGGGAGUCUAUGGCUAACGUCUUUGCCAAGUACGAGCAUGCUAUUCAGCUACUGAGCGUCGACAGUGUGGAUGCAGAGGCACGUCUCGACUCUCUGAGACAGGCCGAGCAACGUGUCUACUAUCGUGACUACGUUAUGAUCGAGAACGACACCAACUAG